AUGGCGACGGCGUCGGGCUUCGUGCCGCCGCCGCUCGUCGGGGUCGAAUGGCAGGACUGCCGUCCUCGUCACGCGCCACAGGCGCCUCCCCACGAGGGCAUAGAUCCCUCCAGCGCGGUUGACACCGCGAAGCGGCGCCUUCAGAUGCGCGAGUACCUUGAGUACCAUGGCCUGUCACAAGGCCACAAUGAGAUUUGGAGGGCAGCCGAGCAGGCGGCGUGCCGCGGCUACCUCGUCGAGCACCAGCUCCCCCCCGACCGGGUCACGGCCAUGAUGCUGGCCUACAUGACCGAUUUCCUCGUCUGGCGCGUUUCUUUCAGCAGGCUUCCCGAGAACGCCCGGCCUAAAUGGCCGUAUCGCAAUGUGACCCAGCAUUUCGGCGAGGACAGGGCCCCUUCGGGGGUCUACCGUGCCCAUGUCCAGGCACAGAACAAUGAGUCGGCGGGGGGCGCGGCCCCGUCUCAGCCCGCGACGGCACCGGCGGCAGCCGUGCCCAAGGUCGAGGACGAGGACGAGGACGAGGACAAGGGCAAGGGCAAGGGGGUUCUGAGAUAUUUACCAUUAUUGGGGAAUUGA